CCAAUCGAGGAUCAUUGGAAUGCUGUUGCUGGUAGUCGAAAACCUGAUAUUUAUGCUUCAUGUACCUCCGGGACCCAAGAAAACUUGCAGAAAGACGUAAACUGUCGGAAGCAAAACACUACAAGCACAAACAAAUCUCUGACGACUCACCGGCAACCGAAUCCCAGGGAGGCCAGAACAGACGAAAUCCCAGGUGCAGAAUCAAAAGCUGCUCAAUCAGCAGAAGAUAAAACCCAAAGCCAGACAGCAACAACAGUCAACGACGGCUUUAUAUAGACGCAAGAAGACACCAGAACAGGCAGUUACUGUCAGCAACCUCUUCGACUGGACCGUCUUGUUGGGCUUGACUCACCUGCAUUCUAAGAAUUGAACCAACUACAUAUAUCUGUAAGAGGCUACGAGAAGAACCGGCUAGGAACGAAUGGGUGGCGGCUUCGGCCGAAGGCAUGGUGUUAGCUUAGGAAGCUACUGUUCAUCUUCCUUCUCUGAAUCUCACUUCCCUCUGAGUUCCUCCAGUGAAUCGUCUUGUAAUUCUAAACCUUGUUCUAUUGAUUCGAUCUAGUAGAGAGAUGCUCACACUUGGUAUCAGAGCCAUACACCACCCUUUCAAAAUUUCCCCCCAAAAUCCAGAAAAUCCCUCCUCGAGCUCCAAUCAUGGAGCACGAGAUCCUGCUGAUGAAGGCUAUGCGAGAGUUCGCCAUGGCCGACCCCAACAACUGCCACAAGGAGUGGGCUGCGUACAUGGCGCUGGUGAAGGCGAAGGAGACGGCAUCGUCACCUCUCCAACAAGCGCUAGCUCGCCUCCACGCUCCCGUGCACGCCCCGUCGCAACAGCGGCAUCGGCGCCUUCCACCGUCGUCCCCGCCACCGGCCGCGCCGCCACGGCCACGGCCACACCCUUCCCAACGGCUCCACACGCCGAGUCGCAGAAGGACAAGUGGGCCGCUCGGUUUGAAGCCUUGUUCGACGACGCGCUUGCUGCUGUACGUGCUGAGCGGAAGGCGGCUACGAACAGUCAAGGGACUACAUCGCCGACGACCUCCUCGCGGUCCGAUCCGUCCGCCCCUGCAGCCGCGGCCGCGCUCGUGGGCUUGACAUCGGCAUCCGUCCAGCCCGUGUGUGUCGACAGGGAGACAGUUACAACCACCCCGACGGCUGCGGCCUCCGCCGCAAGGUCUGCACCCACCUCGGCGCCAACGGCUACCACUCCUGCUGCAUCCGCGUGGACGGCAACGACUGAGCUCGACCUUGCGAGUUUGCGGCCCACCACGUGUUCGGCGCUUUGCUUGGGAGGCGACCUGACGGAAACUAAGACUGAAACUGUCUCGGCUGCGUGCGUGAUGCAUGAAGAUGUCCAACACUCGGUGCUGUCUACCUCUGUCAGCGGCGCAAGACCAUCUCCAAUGGCGCCGACAGCCCUCAUGCCUACCACCUCCUCCACGUCCUUGGUGUACCCCAGGACCAUCACCGUUGCAGCAGCCUCUACGUCAAGCGUGCUUCUGGGUUGCUUCUGUGAGUUGCUAUGCAAGGUGCCGCUGCAUGUUAGCCUGCUGUUGCAGCCACCAUGGCCUUCGUUUGCACGUUUCUAUGGAGAACCGCAUCAACAAGAGGCGAGGGCAUCUUCAGUGGUUGAUGGUAUGCAGUUUGCUUCUACAUUACCAUUGCUUCCGUGGAAUCCAGUUCUAGCAAUACGAGCUUGACAUCACUGUGGGAUCCUGGGAAAUUAGCAGUUGAUGGUUAUCAGUGCAUAGUUGGCUCUCAUUCUAUUGCAGUUCUAUAUCCUUCCAUUACUUCUGAAAUUCAUUGGAACAGUCGAACGGUACCUAGCAAGUGUAGUUCUUGGUUCGA